AUGGCGCCGCUCCUGCCCGCGCGGCCGCUCCCCGCGGUUGACGGCGCCGCUCCGGGCUCGCUCUCCGGGAGCCGCGGUACUCCCGCGGCCGGGCUGUGCGUUGCUGGCGCCGGGACCGGCUCGGGCUCGGGGCCGUUCGGGGCCUUCGCAAACCGUGUCCAGUCGGGUCUUUCUCUGAAGCGUGCGCUUGUGAACAGAGCACCGGCGUGCCGCUGUUACGAACGCGGCUCGACCGCUCGUGGCUUUGUUUGGGAGGAGUUGCGGCCUCCCUGCGAAAACCUAAAGCCCCGGCUGCUGCUGUGCCGGAUCCUAACGGUCCCCGUGAGCAAAGCUAGCCUCUGCGGUGCCCUUCGAACCGAGCGACGCCAGAGCAGAGGCACGUGGAAGUUUGCCCCUUCUCUUCCGGUGCCCGUGACGGAGCGCAGCGAAUACGAAAAGAGGCAGUGCUGGAAGAAUUGCCGAAGGAGAGGGUACGAGCUCAAAGCUGCCUCGGGUUCCGGUGCUGAAGCGAAGCGGGUGCCCCGGUUCAAGGCUCUACCUCUGCCUUCCUUUGACCGUCUGAGGGCGCCAGAGAAGGUCGAAACCCACGCUCGGCCCGAGCCGUUCCGUCUGCGCGUGGAUGAACGGAGAGCGCUUGCCACCGUACGGAGCUGCAAACAGCAGAUGGGAGGAGAAGGCUUCGACGGGGCUCGGAAAGGCAGGAGGGUUGAAAAGCUCAUCCCGUCACGGUGGCGUUGCCGGGAGCUUUCUGUCCGUCGAAAGGAAACGAAGCUGUUUUCAGCCAGGGUUCUGGAGACUCGGCUGAUGGGCACCGAGAGCCAGUCAGAUGGUGGCGAGAGCGGUGGGAAAAGGAAGAAGCUGCUCCUCCGAGGAGACGAGCGACGGAUGGUGUCCGGGUUCGAAGCUCUGCCUUCGUCUGACCGUGUGAAGCUGCCGGAGGAGGUCAGAAGCCCAACUCAGCCCGAGCUGUUCCUUCUGCGGGUGGAUGAACGGGAUGCUGCUGCCCUCCAGAGCUGAACGCGGCCGGUCUCACGUUUGGGCGUAAGGUUUCCCCUUUUCCUGAGGCCCGGAGGUAUCUAGUACCUGCCCGCACGAGCUGAAGCGCUCCAGAGGGAGGCUUCCGUUCGACGCUAGUACCGCGCUGCUUCGCCGGACUGUCUGUGCGCCAAUGUUGUCUCCUCCUGCUUCUAAACUUAGAGAGUCCUUUCGGUGCUGCAGUUCUUGAAAGCCUUGUGCCGGCAACGAACAGGGAGCUGCGAGCGUUUGAGAAACGGUGGGCAGGUAGAGGAGCCGUAAGGAAGAGGCGCCGAGAGCGGGUCAGGCAAGACAAGAGCAGUGGGAACAGGAAGAAGUUUCUCUGCCAAGACGAGAAAAUGGUUCACGAGGCAAACCCGGUGCGCAAAUACCGCAGCGCAGGAGUGGAGCCCAGCGAUCAGCCGCUGACUGUGCCGAAGUCUCCCGACGUCUCAAGUAGACUCCGGUGCUGACGGGCAUCUGUGUCCGCUCUCCGGACAGGCAGAGAAGAGAGGGAGCAGUUACUUUUGUGCCAUCGCUCUGUCUCAGUGCUAUGCUUGGUUCCGUUCUCGUUAACGCUUGAAACGGCGGAUGGAGGCGAGCUCCAUCUGAGGCAGGUGUCUCGGGCACGGCAGGUGGGCAGUGCCGCGUGUUGUCUCUGUGGCCUGGCUUCGGGUCUAGGCGCCUGGUCCUCCGGAGACUAACCCCUUGGCCUUGUUACUUUGUACAAAUGUCGUGUACCUGAACUAGAUCAAAAUUCCUAACCCGACUGCUGUCCCUCGCUGCUGGGCUGAAUCCCUUUCCUGCAGAGGCUUUGGUGAAAGGCACUUGCCCAACGUGCAAC